AUGGACGCGCUGGACCUGCUGACCGGCAGCUUCCGCGCCGAGCCCGUGGUGGAGCCUGUGGCGCGCGUGGAGGCCGAGGCCGCGGCCGCGCAGGAGGAGAAGCGCGAGGACAACCCGAGCAGCAGCAGCUCCAGCUCCAGCGCCAGCAGCUCCGAGGACGAGGCCGACGAGGACAUGGACUUCCCCGCGACGCAGCUGCUGGCGCCGCUGGAGCCCGCGGACGAGGAGAUAAAGGAGUCCGAGCUGGAGCAGGCGCCGCAGCCGCCCAUGAGCCCCGCGGGCCUCAAGUCGCCCGUCAAGCCGCGCAGCUCGCCCCUCAAGGCCCGUUCGUCGCCCGCCAAGGCCCGCGCGUCGCCCGUCAAGCCGCGCACGUCGCCUGCCAAGGUGCGCUCGUCGCCCGCUAAGAUCCGGUCGCCGGCCAAGCCGCGCGCGUCGCCCGUGAAGGCGCGUUCGCCCGCCAAGCCGCGUUCCUCCCCGCUGAAGGCCCGCUCGCCUGCCAAGCCCCGUUCGCCGCCCGUGAAGGCCCCGCGGCCUCCUGUGGUGCCGGCGCCGCUUGUCGACCGGCUGGCGGAGCCGGAGACGGACGCGCAAGACGACACACCUGAGGAGUUCCGGGCCAAGGGCGCGGAGGGAAAAUUCACCAAGGUGUUCUCUGUGGUGGCCAAGCUGGUGGAGUCCGGCGGGUGGCAGAUCGCCCAGGGCCACAACACACUGUUCUGCGCCAUGCCAGGCGUGCAGUUCUUCAACUUCAAGCCCAACAUCAACGUCUUCGACUCCAAGAUCAAGGCGUGCUGGAAGUUCAUCCAGAUCACCGGUGAGAAGAAGGAGGACAACGAGGACCAGGAGCUCUGGGACCUGCUCUGGCCCAUUGCCCAGAAGGACUUUGGGUGGUUCACCAUGUCGUGCGGCCCGGAGACGUGGUACGUCAAGCCCGACACAAAGUUCGAGAGCUUCCUGCCGAACGAGACGAUCUUCCAGACCAAGAAGCGCGCUGUGCUGAAAUGUCUGGCGGUCGAGGUCGGCGACAUUGAGCUGGGCGACUCGGCUGAGGGACACCAGGUUAUCGCCUUCGCGCCGCGUGCGGUGCAACCUCCUCCGGCUGCUGCCCCAGCUCUGAAGAAGGUAAAGACGUCCUUGUUCAAAACUCCGUCGCCUGCGGUGAAGACUGUGAAGCGCACUGCCUCGAAUUCAAGCCUGGGCUCGAGAUUCGUUACGCCUACUCAGCGUCUGUCGCCCGGUACGACAACCACCACCGUGAAGCGCAAGCUCACGUCGUCUGCGGCAAAGUUGUCAAAGAGCGCAUCGUCCAAGAAGGCGAAGGGAGGCAAAGCCGGCGCGAAGAAGCCAGCGACGAAGAGGAAGAAGAAGGUUGUGUCGGACACGGCCUCGGACGUCAGCAAGGCGGACGAAUUCAACUUCAAUCCGCCCGAGUUCAGAUGCUCCUUCGGAAUCGUGUACGCGAAGCUGCAGGAUGAAGGCUGGUACCACAAGAACGGAACGUUCGAAUACGAUUACUUCGCGCCCACGUUCACGGAAGCGACCAAGGAGGUUGAUGUCAACUACUUCCAGUCCCAGGCGAGUUUCGAGAACUUCCUUAAGGUGAGCGGCACAUGGCAGCGCAUUGAGGAUGAGCUCCGCGAAGAGCACGAGCAAGUGGUGAACGAAGAGCGUGAAAAGGCUCUGGAACGACACCACCAGCGGCUGGAGCAGCAAGCAGCGAGAAAGAGAAACUUGGCGAUGUACGGCGCUCCAGUUCAGGAACAAGCUCCAGCUGCUGCCACGAAGCCCAAGGCGAAGCCGAAGAAGGCCAAGAAGGUCACUCCCAAAAGGGCUGCAACUCCUCCUCCUGCUCAGAGCCUGUACCAGGCUGAGGUUGAGGCGGCCAGGGCUGCUCAGGCUGCUGAAGCUGAGGAGAGGAUGGCUAGAAUGCCCAAGGUCAAAUUUGGUACAAUUUUGAAGAAGCUGAUCAGCCGCGGCUGGUAUUACCGACCUGGCCGGUUCGAGUACGACUACUUCAAGCCCAGCGCCAACCCGAAGACAGCAGUGUCGGGAGAGGACCGCUUCGAAAGCACGUCGGCGUUGGAAAUCUACCUGAAGACGACAGGUUUGUGGGAAGAGAUUGUCGAGGAGAUUGAGCGGGACGAGCUCGACAAGAUCGCUGCUACGCACCCUGCUAUCGUGAAUCACAGUCACUCAGAGCCGCCGUUGAAGCGCACAAAGUUGGAAUCGCCCCCGCCUGAGUCAGCGCAGUCUCCGAAGAGGGCAGUAAACGGCGGUGUCCAGAAGGAGGAGGUGAAGGAGAUCACCAACGACAUUUGGGCCAACUCGCACGAGUUCGACUUCAACGAGUAA